AUGGCUACAGCAGCUUAUCGAAGACCUAUCGAUAGAGACUCCAUGUCACCUCAACAGAUGUCUCCCAACGAAGCCCAGCAUCAAGAUGAUAAUGUCAGAACUGCCCAUAUGGACUAUUUGCACGAUGACAAGCACAUGUUAAGAAAUCCAGAGGCCCCCCAUGGCCAGUCGCAUCCCUACCCCAGCAAUUCUGCUGCAACACAGAGAAGACAGGUUUCCAGUUCAUUUUCUGCAAGAGCUCAUAACCGCCCAGGGGGUAAUAUAAUCCCACCGCAAGAUUAUCUCACAUCCACCUCUCGUCCCAUCAAAGGAAAUGGAGCACCUGCGAGACGUCCAACCAACCCAGAAGCUGCUGCCUCGGGGUCAGUGAGGCAAAUGGAGGACGGCAAAGCGACAUCGCCGGUAGACUCUGUCAACCAAACAUCGCCGCUGAGUCGAUCUAGCACGUUACGGUCUUCAACGAAUAAGCAGCAUGAGUGGGCCCCAGAUAGAUCCCCUCUUCAGAAGCUCGAAGUUACAUUGAAUGUGAUUAGCAAAGAGGAAAAAAGGGCGCGCGUCUUGGAGGCCGAGAUGAAGCUCAAAGAACGAUUGGCACGUCAACAGGCGGAGGCAGAAAAUCGAAAUGCCUCUCUCGCACAGCCUACAGACAGCAACUCAACCGCAGGCCCAGUUGGAAGUAGGAUGCCUCAGCAAUUGGUAGCACAGCGGGAUGUCAGCCAAGGAGAGCAGGAGAAUCGGACCCGAAACACCAAACAAAGCAUUGGCCAGAACGCUGUUCACCAGGGGCACGAAGCGACGAUUCCCCAUGAGCAAGGAACUCCAGGACAGGCAAAGUCUAGCGCCCAAAAGCCAGGACCACCGGCCCAGUUGGUGGCCCCUGAGAUGCAAGCCUCGAAGAUUAGCAAUUCAAAGCCCUUGGCGGGGCCAAUUUUGAAUCACGGUAGCGUUCCCAGGCGAUCUGUGUCGGUGACAAACAGACCCGGAGGUCAUGCCAUGAACGCCACGAGAGAUCCUAACAUGUCUCGAGAUGGGAGAGAUUUUCCUGCGGUACUUGGGCCAGCACAGAAAGAUCAUGCAAUGCCAAGAAUGGCCCAGAUGCAUCACUCACAACCAUAUGCUGACGCUCGGGUCCAACAGAGUCGAGCGCCCCAGACGGGUCCUGGAGGAAAUGACCCUUAUGCACAAGGCAUAGCUUCCCAGCAACCAGAACACCUAAUCACAAAUACACAUAAUGCUGUACUGAACGAUCUUUCCCAGGACGAAUUAGGCUCACACAUAAAGCCCAAGAGAAACACUGUUUCGUUCAAUGUGCCUCCGCCAACGCCUCCUCCACUUUCAGAGUGGAAGAACGCACCGGUUGCUCGACUCGGUGCUUCCGACUUCGACUUUCAACAUCUCGACGUUGAUCGAAGCAAAGCCUGGUGGGAAGGUGGUGGCAGUAAUCGCAGGAAGAGCAGAGCUCUCCCCAGCGCUUAUCAGAAGCCUGUUCAAAAGUUGACGGGUAAGUGGUUUUACCCAGCACUGGGGGACUCCUUCGUUUAUCCGGCCCCAUGUUCUCUUGUUUCCCUUUCUCAGUCCACUAACCAUGGAAUCCACGCAGAGAAUAAGAGCUUUCAGCCACCGAUCUUCCUGAAAUGUGGCCCUCUGCUCCGCUACACAGGACUGAAACGAGUCAGUAUUGACGGACCAAACGGCCCUUUCGACAAGGAGACUUGGAGAGGUAGUAUUAUGAUUGUUACCAAAGAUUCACGGUCUUCCUAUGAGUCACCGCCCACCCUGAGGUUAUUUUCGCAGCCGAUGGAUCUCCUGCCGCCUCCGCCUGUCGAGGUCAGUGGCGCUCAGCUUGCACCAGAGUACGUCGAUCCCACGGCAGGUCUCAUGAAGCUGGGUAGGGACGGCAGGCCGCUUUAUGUCAAGCCAAUUGACCAUACCGAGGAAGGAGUGGACUUGUCAUUCGUGGAAAAUGACGAUGGAGUCUACGAGAUGUCCCCCAGUAACCCGGACUAUAGUAGUGAUGUCAAUCAGUCGAUCCCCGCCAACAGGCUUCACUCGGUGGACGGAGAAACUGUGGGAGCAUACAAAGAAGUUCCCGGAGCGCGCUUGUACGCCGACUCAGCUCGAGAUGUCACAUUCUGGAGGUUCAGCAUUGAAAUUGAACUAGGCGAGAUGCAACAACGAAUCGCGUACCGCUUGAACCACGGACCGGCCCUGGGAUUCUGGGUACCGGCCAGAGGGCAGUCUAUGAACAUUAUGUUCCAUAGCUGCAAUGGCUUCAGCCUAGGAGUCGAUUCCAACAAAUUCUGCGGUCCUGACCCUCUAUGGCGCGACGUAUUGAAUGAGCAUCAGACUCGCCCUUUCCACGUCAUGAUUGGGGGCGGUGAUCAGAUCUUUAAUGACAAAGUUAUGGUGGAAUCGCCCCGAUUCCAAGAAUGGGUCAAGAUAAAGAACCUGACUGACAAGUACGACACGCCAUUUGACCCGGAAUUUCGAGCGGAGAUAGAGAGCUUCUACCUCGAGAACUAUUCGGCUUGGUUCUCACAGGGCCUUUUCUCUCUGGCCAAUUCCGAAAUCCCAAUGGUUAACAUCUGGAACGAUCACGACAUCAUUGAAGGUUUCGGGUCGUAUCCGGACGAGUUCAUGGCUACACCGGUGAUUUCCGGACUGGGUAGAAUAGCGUUCAAGUAUUAUCUACUCUUCCAGCAUCACAGUGUCAUUGAAGAGACAGAGGCAGAUGAGCCUAGCUGGCUGCUUGGCGCGCAGCUGGGACCAUACAUCAACCAGCGAAGUCGAAACGUGUUCAUGUCAAUGGGCAAGGAAAUAGCUUUUCUGGGGUUGGAUUGCAGGACAGAGCGACUGAGCGACGAGAUACUCAGCGAGCAGACAUGUGAUUUGAUCUGGGACCGAUGCCACCGCGAGAUUGUCCGCGGAGAAACCAAGCAUCUGAUAGUGCUCUCGAGCGUUCCCGUCGCAUACCCAAGAAUGGCAAUGCUCAAAAACAUUCUCAAUAGUCGCAAAUCGCUGGGCAAGGCCGGGUUUUUCGGAGGCUUCGUGAACAAGAACGGCAGCAAGGUAGAGAUAUUCGAUGAUCACUGGACGGCUAAACAUCACAAAGCCGAACGCACCUAUCUGCUUGAGGACCUCCAAGACCUUGCAGCAGAAAAGUCCGUCCGGGUGACUAUCUUGAGCGGCGAUGUCCAUCUGGCAGCCAUCGGACAAUUCUACUCCAAUCCCAGACUAAACCUGCCCAAAGACAAGGAUUACCGAUACAUGCCGAAUGUCAUAUCUUCUGCAAUUGCAGACAUGCCGGAAACCGAAAUGGUAUCGGACGUGCUGAACAAGCGCAACCACGUUCACCACUUGGACACGAACACAGAUGAAGACAUGAUUCCCAUCUUCACGCACGACGUCAACAGCAAGCCGCGUAACAACAAGCGCUUGCUUCCACGCCGAAAUUGGUGCGCAAUCCGAGAGUAUCAACCCGGCUCCACACCUCCAGCUUCGCCGGAUUCCGAAGAAGCCCCUCCACCAGCUGAGGAGCCGCGUCCGGAGGCCGAAGGCAGCUAUUUCCCUGCUCCCGACUCAGAAUUUCACCCGGGCCCCUUCCACCGUCGCCCUACGACGUUAAGCCAAAAGGCAGCCAAGAAAGCUGCAAAAAGGGGCGACGACGGGGUAGGCGCAUAUGUGAAUCUCGAAAAAGGUCUAGCUAUCACGCUCAACCUGGAGCUCAACCCACAAGAUCCAUCAGGCAUCACGACGCCGUACAAGCUUCUUGUGCCCAUGCUGCGUUAUGAAGGCACUGAAUACGAUCCACCGGCCAACCCAGUUGCCAAAGGUUGGAAGAAAUGGUUGGCUGUAGGGCGUAAGAAAGAGCGUGGCUUCGCCAAAGAUCUCCCUGGCGAUGUGGAGGAUACUGAUUACGAUGAUGACCCAGACUAUGAAGAAGGCUAUGCGGGAAGUGAUCUCGAUGAGCCUGUUGACAGGCUGCCGGAGGAAAUGGGCCGCAUGGGUCAUGUAGUAGCACCGGGGCGAGUCAAUGAUGGGCCGGAGGAGACUAUCAAGCGGAAGAAGAAGUGGUUUGGACGAUUGGUAUGA